UAAUGUAUUAUUUAAUUACAUCUUAAUAAUGUAUUAUAUUAGUAAUGCAUAUAUGUAAAUUUGCUUAAUGGGCUGGAGUAAUAAUGUUGUUACAUUGGAAUUAGAACAAGUGUGAUGAGUUACUUUAUAUCAUUUUAUUAAAAAUAAAAAUAUUCAAAAUGAGUCGACGAAGAUCUCGAAGUUCUUCUUCUUCUGGAAGUUUAGACAGUGAGGAGGAGCAGCGAUUGAAAGAUUUAAAGGAAAGAGAUGAAUUUGCCACAAGACUUAAGAAAAAAGAUGAAAAUAAGACUAGAAAAAUAUUGGAGGCUUCUGGAAAUAGAUUUGAAGAAGCAGCCAAGCGGUUAAAAUUAGAAGCUGAAGAUCGAGAUAAAAUGUUACCUGUACUCAGAAUUCAGUCCAGAAGAAAAUAUCUGGAAAAACGUAAAGAAGAUAAAGUCGCUGAGUUAGAAGCAGAUAUAGCAGAUGAUGAAUACUUGUUUGAAGAGGAAAUAUUAACUGAAAAGGAGAAACGUGACAGAGAACAUAAAAAACAAUUACUUCAGAUCGCUAAAGAACAUGAAAAGGCUAGAGAACUUGAAAGGAUUCAAAGAUAUCACAUGCCCAGAGAUAUUAAAAAAGGAGAGACAGGUGAAUAUGUUGAGGUUGACGAAGGUGAAAAACUUCCCCAUCAUGAACAAAAAAAAUGGGAGCAAGAACAGAUGUCAUCAGCUGUUUACAAAUUUGGCUCACGGAGUGAUUCAAAAAAGGAUGAAUAUGAGCUAUUAUUAGAUGAUCAAAUUGAAUUUAUACAAGCCUUGCGUAUGGAUGGUACUAAAGACAAAGAUAAAAAACCUGUUCAAACUGAAGCGCAAAAGAAAAAAAUGGAUAUAGAGGAAACUAAAAAGUCUUUACCAGUAUAUCCAUUUAAAGAAGAUUUGAUUGCAGCUAUUCGAGAACACCAGAUUCUUAUUAUUGAAGGUGAGACUGGAUCAGGUAAAACUACUCAAAUACCACAAUAUUUAUAUGAAGCAGGUUUUACUGAAGAUGGAAAAAAAAUUGGAUGUACACAACCCAGAAGAGUUGCUGCUAUGUCAGUUGCAGCUCGUGUUGCUCAGGAAAUGGGUGUCAAACUUGGAAACGAAGUUGGAUACAGUAUCCGAUUUGAAGAUUGCACUUCAGAAAGAACUGUGCUGAAAUACAUGACUGAUGGUACAUUGCACAGGGAGUUUUUAUCAGAACCAGAUUUAGCAUCUUAUUCUGUAAUGAUAAUUGAUGAAGCUCAUGAGAGGACAUUACAUACAGACAUUUUAUUUGGAUUAGUUAAAGAUAUAGCAAGAUUUAGACAAGAUUUGAAGUUACUAAUAUCUAGUGCCACAUUAGAUGCAGAAAAAUUUUCAAACUUCUUUGAUGAUGCACCUAUUUUUAGAAUACCAGGCCGAAGGUUUCCAGUAGAUAUAUACUAUACUCGUGCUCCAGAAGCCGAUUAUGUUGAUGCAUGUGUUGUUUCUGUACUACAAAUUCAUGCUACUCAACCUCUAGGUGAUAUAUUAGUUUUUUUGACUGGUCAAGAUGAAAUUGAAACAUGUAAUGAAAUGCUUCAGGAUCGUGUAAAACGACUUGGAUCAAAAUUGAAGGAAUUGAUUAUUUUGCCUGUUUAUGCAAAUUUACCAAGUGAUUUGCAAUCAAAAAUUUUUGAACCAACACCUCCUGGUGCAAGAAAAGUUAUUCUAGCCACAAAUAUUGCAGAAACGAGUUUGACCAUUGAUAAUAUUAUUUAUGUUAUAGACCCUGGGUUUGCCAAACAAAAUAAUUUUAAUUCCAGGACAGGUAUGGAAAGUUUAAUGGUAGUACCAAUAUCCAAAGCAUCAGCUAAUCAAAGGGCUGGUCGUGCUGGUAGAGUUGCAGCAGGAAAAUGCUUCAGAUUAUAUACUGCAUGGGCUUAUGCCCAUGAACUAGAAGAUAACACUAUUCCUGAAAUACAGCGCAUUAAUUUAGGAAAUGCUGUGUUAACAUUAAAGGCUUUGGGUAUAAAUGAUUUGGUUCAUUUUGACUUUUUGGAUCCUCCUCCUCAUGAGACAUUGGUAUUAGCUUUAGAACAACUAUAUGCAUUAGGUGCAUUAAAUCAUCAUGGAGAAUUGACAAAACUUGGUAGAAGAAUGGCUGAAUUUCCCGUUGAUCCUAUGAUGGCUAAAAUGUUAUUGGCUAGUGAGAAAUACAAAUGUUCUGAAGAAAUUGUUACUAUAGCAGCUAUGUUAUCGGUAAACGGAGCUAUUUUUUAUCGGCCAAAAGAUAAAAUCAUUCAUGCUGAUACUGCAAGAAAGAAUUUUAAUCACAUUGGUGGGGAUCAUUUGAGUCUUUUGAAUGUUUAUAAUCAAUGGGCUGAAUCUGAUUUUUCAACACAAUGGUGUUAUGAAAAUUUUUUGCAAUACCGUUCUUUGAAACGGGCUAGAGAUGUGAGAGAACAAUUAGUUGGUUUAAUGGAACGUGUUGAGAUUGAAAUGGUUUCAGGAUUAACAGAAACUGUUAAUAUCAGAAAAGCCAUUACAGCUGGAUAUUUCUACCAUGUAGCAAGAUUAUCAAAAGGAGGCAAUUAUAAAACGGCCAAACAUAAUCAGACUGUUAUGAUUCAUCCAAACAGUUCAUUAUUUGAAGAUUUACCUAGAUGGUUGCUUUAUCAUGAAUUAGUAUUCACAACAAAAGAAUUCAUGCGUCAAGUAAUUGAAAUAGAAAGCAAGUGGCUUCUGGAAGUAGCUCCACAUUAUUAUAAACCAAAAGAAUUAGAAGAUUCUACUAAUAAGAAAAUGCCAAAAACGAUUGGCAGAGUGAAACCUACGGAAGCAUGA